UGUCAAAAGAACUCCUGAUUUUCAUAUUAGCGCACUGUAACGGUCCCAAGCCCGCAGUUUGGGAACCGUUGUCCCGGGGUAAUCGACCUCUUGCUCUCCGGCUCUCUGCCUCCGACUCCGCCUCUCAGCAGCAGCAGCACAUGAGCGAGCCUCUCCAGCCAGACUGCCGCCACCCGAAGCCCCUUCCAGCUCCAGCCAGGGUAAACUCCCCCCUCCCCUAACCGGACUCUGACAAACCGCUGUCCCAACGCGAACCCGCCUCUCUCACGCCAAAUGCGCUCCUACUUCUACCGGAAGAGGGAAAAAAGGAGUCAAAGUUGGAGAAUACGAUAGGACGGAGAAGCUACAUCGCACAAGUUUUUCUUCUUUGCCCCCAGUUUUUAGCCCCGCGGCGGGGCAGUAACAGCGAGGGCAGGCCGGGGCUGCUGGUGGCUACAGGAGACCGUAUGAUGUGGAUCUGGUACCUCCUGCUUGGUUCGGGGUCAGGCUCAAGAACUGUUGAGAGCCAGCUGCUUCCAGGGAACAACUUCACCACAGAGUGCAACAUCCCUGGAAACUUCAUGUGUGGCGAUGGGAAGUGUGUACCUGGUGGGUGGCAGUGUGACGGAUUGCCCGACUGCUUUGACAGGAGUGACGAGAACGGCUGUCCAAAGUUCAAGUCGAAGUGCGCUCCCACAUUCUUUGCCUGUGCUAAUGGCGUCCACUGCAUCAUCGGCCGCUUCCGCUGCAACGGCUUCAGCGACUGUCCAGACGGGAGUGACGAGGAGAACUGCAGCAACCCGCUGGUGUGCUCAGAGUCUCGCUUCAAGUGUCGAAAUGGCCGCUGUGUGGACCGCAGCUUCUUGUGUAACGGCCAGGACAACUGUCAGGACAACAGCGACGAGGAGCUCUGCCUGACGACAGCAGAAGCCCCUGGCCAGGACUUUGUGACACUUGACUACCGCCUGCGCUACUAUCCCAGCAUUACCUACGCGGUCAUCGGCAGUGCUGUCAUCUUCGUCCUGGUGGUGGCGCUGUUGGCCUUGGUGGUCCACCACCAGAGGAAGCGAAGCGUCCUGUUGCCCAGAGGAGUCAGAGGGAGCUCACACCACCACCACCACCACCAGCCCCUGCUGCUGUCCCGCCUGGUCAUCUUGGACCGAGGCCACGUCCAUCCCGGUGGUCCUGGUCUCUCACCCAGUUCCUCCCUCACAACAGGCCAGUACAGCUCAACAACUCAGGCGCUGCAGCUGCUGUCUGGGACCCUGUAUCCCUCUGGACUCUCCGUGGACUCACCCCCGUCCUACUCACAAGCUGUUCUGGAUGUCAGUCGGCCUCCCUGGUUUGAUCUCCCUCCUCCUCCAUACCUCCCUGAUAGAGACCUUCCAUCGGCAGACGAGCUGCCUGAGUACGAGGCCACACAAGACCCUUUGAACCACCAUCCAGCCUGUCCCACUGCGCCUUCCACACAGCGAACUGUGGCCUCGGGCUCACAGCUGAGUUCCAGCACCAGGGAAGAGCUGGAGCAGCAUUAGCCCCUUUAUUCUACUUAAACUGACAAUUGGUGGAACUUAGAGACUAAAGGACCAGGCUGCUGGGUUACUUGAGGCGAGCACAGUCCACUACAAGGACCUGCUGAGGAUAUUCAUCCAGGACUGUGAGACUAAACAGCAUCCCUACCUUACUUCUUUGGCUCCCUGAAGCGAAGACCUGCUUCCUGAGCCACACUGCUCUUGUAUGCUGGCUCACCCUGCUGGAGUCAUGGCUGCACUACACCUUCAUAUUCAGUGAUUUGGCCUUUAUUCAGUGCUGGUGAAUUGUAUUUUGUUUGAUCAGAUAACAGUGGCUACAGUCUGUGAGUAAACUGCCUUUCAUUAACAUAACAAGGAAAGCACAUUAAAAGGUCACUGGUUACAUGAAACUCAUGAUGCUCACACUACCUUACAUUUCACAUCUGCAACAUUAAGGUUAAUAAAAAUAAAAACACUACCUGAUGACAGGGUCAAAACCUAGCACAUGUCUGCUACAUUUGAAUUUUGACAGUGUUUUCUCACUUCUUACUGAAUUUAAAAAUGACAAUUCAUAAAUAUGUUACAGAAUAUAAAAGAAACAUAUACAGAGGUGCUGCAAAAAUCAAUUGUAAACAGCCUGUAAUAAAUAAAGUUCCUCUUUGUGUUGGUGGAACCCAAGACUGGAGAUAUUAAAGGUCAGGGUUUUUUCUGGUUAAGAUGCCAUUUUGGUUAAACUCCAACUAAAAACUUUUGUUGGACUUUUAAUGAUAAUAAUGAGGCAGAGUUUACAGUAUAUGUUUUUAUCAUUCCUCUGAAAAAAAAGAAUCAAUUGUGCAGGCAAAUAAAUGUUGUUACAUUUCCAUCAUUUCAACAAAAACAGGAUUUUGUUUUCGGCCUUAUUCUUCCAUUUGUGCCUUUAUAUAUGAAAUGUUUUCAUAUCUAGUUUUAAGCCUCAAAGUACAACAAUCCCUUAUGUGAGAUUUAACAGCGAGCUCCCACAAUAGCAAACAUUUAAGAUUCUUAAAUUCCGCCUGGCGAUAGUAAAUGUAUAAACUCGAGAGAAUCGUACUGAGAAGUAUUAAAGAGUGACUGGUGAAAUCCACACCUGAAGGAUCUGUGUUCAACACAUUUGUGUUCAUUUCAAAAUGGUUUGUAUGACACUGUACAUAGAUGGCAAAAAAUAUAUAUAUUUAGAAGUAGAAAAAUACUUUAAAGCUUAAAGGUACAGUGUGUAAAAUGUAUAUAAAAGACAUUUUCUGGGUAAUGAAAAACAACAAAGUCAUACAAUCAGGUGAAGUAUAAUUAUUUUAUCUUCAAUUUUUGCCAAAAAGAAAAAAACAAAAUUGUACACACUGGACCUUUAAAGUGAGAGACGAAUGUGUAGUAAAAUGUACAUAGUGUAUGUUGUUGCAUCUUGUUUUUUCAGCGGUUAAAAUACAGACACAAUGCGAACAAUCAAACCAAAGAUAAUCAUGAUUGAUCCUUUUUUCUUUUUUUUUUAGGGUAUUAUUAUCCAUCCAAAGGAAUGAUUGUGUCACAAAUGUUUGUAUCCUUAUUCUAUUAAAACAUCCAUUCUGUCCAAUUGUGCAUUUUUGAGUCAAACUGAAGUUUUAUUUGCUGUAAAACUGAAAAAACAGAAACACUACUCAGGAGAAACAAAAUCAUUCCAUCGUAUUAAGUUUGAUAUUUACAGAUUUGUAAUGUUGCCCACCAUGAUCCCUUUGUCUCUCUCUGUAGUCUUUAUAUUUAAAAAUUAUAUAAAAGUCUGACUCAGAGUUCAUGUGCAUGGGUCUUUCUAGACAUGAUGUAUCAUCAAAAUGUGUUUAUUGGAAAUGUAGCUGCAUGAAAUGGAUCAUCCAGGUAGAGAAAGCACAGAACCUCACAGAGAGCAAAUGACUUUCCCACAGUGUCAAUGAUCACACAAGGUUAAAAAGAAAAGCUGAAUCUGGAUCCACAUCACCACCGCAGCUAUUUCUUCCUUGGGUCAUUAACUAUAUUGUUUUCAUGACCAUUUCAUCAAAUUUUGUCCUUGUACUUUUUGAGUUUGGCAUAAACAAACGUGGACAUAAACAUAA